AGAAGAAGAAACAACAAAUCGAUCAAAACCCAGUGACCUAUUGUAUAAUCAUGAUGAAUUUGAAGCCUAUUUCAUUCCUCUUCUUCGCUAUAAUCAUUCUCAUCCUUCUUCCUAAAUCGCUUCAUGCAGAAUGCGAAUGUGAAUCCGAUACCGACGACAGAGACAGAGAGCAAUCUCUCAAGCUUAAACUAAUCGCAUUAGCGUCUAUACUAGUCGCCGGAGUAUUAAUCGGCGUAUCACUCCCCAACCUAGGUCACAAAAUUCCAUCUUUAAGGGCAGAAAGUGAUUUUUUCCUCGUACUGAAAGCCUUUGCCGCCGGCGUGAUUCUUGCCACCGGAUUCGUCCACGUCUUGCCGGACGCAUUCGAAAGCCUCACCAGUCCAUGCUUGGGAGAGAAACCUUGGGGAAAAUUCCCUUUCGUAGGUCUGAUAGCAAUGGCUUCGGCCGUCGGUACGAUGAUGAUAGACGCAUUCGCUACUGGUUAUUACGAGAGGGCAAACGUGAAGAAAGUUGAAGGACAGAUUCAGGUGGUGGUUGGAGACGAAGAGAUGCAAGAACGCGAAGGCCACGUCCACGUGCAUACUCACAGCGCAAAUGGCCAUGCUCACGGCCACACUCACGGAACCCUAGAAAAUGCAGAUCUUCUUCGUCAUCGUGUUAUAUCACAGGUAUUGGAGUUUGGAAUUAUUGCACACUCUGUUGUGAUUGGAAUUUCAUUGGGUGCAUCUGAAAGUCCAAAAACAAUAAAGCCACUUGUAGUUGCUUUGAGUUUUCAUCAGUUUUUUGAAGGAUUGGGUCUUGGAGGAUGCAUCUGUCAGGCAAAAUUCAAGGCAAGAACAGCAUUGGUAAUGGCUACAUUCUUUUCCUUAACAACUCCAAUUGGAAUAGUGGUGGGAUUUGGUAUAUCAAACAGAUACAAAGAGAAUAGUCCAGCAGCUCUUAUAACAGAAGGGAUGUUGAAUUCUGCAUCUGCAGGAAUCCUUAUUUACAUGUCAUUGGUUGAUCUUAUUGCUGCAGAUUUCAUGAGUCAGAGAAUGAGGAGUAAUUUUAAGCUUCAAUUUACUUCUAAUGUCUCUCUUGUUCUUGGGUUAAGCUGUAUGUCUAUCUUGGCUGUCUGGGCUUGAAUAUACCCAUUUUUUUAUUGUUAAAUCACUCUUUUUUGUAUGAUUAUUUGUUUUAUAAUAUGUUUAUAAAAAGAUUAGAUUUUGGA